AUGUUUAAGCAAGAGCAAGCUGCACUGCCAGUUUCACAGCCCGGAGGAGGAGGAGAAGGCAUCCGCAAAAGACUCUCCUCUCUCUACUCUGUACAAACCCCUACAACGUUGAUCUCAUCAUCUGCGUCUUCGUUGGGAGCGGCAUUCCGGAGAUCUAAAUCUAUGGGGGAUGUGGAGCACAUGAGGGCGAGGGCGGCCGAUGGGUUCGUGUCCAUCAGAAGGUGGUGGGACUGGGGGUGGUCCUGGAUCCUGACAAGGAAGCCCACCUUCGCUAAGGAUCUGGAGAUGAACGAAGAUGAGAAGGCGGCGCUGGGGUGCCACAGCAAGGGCAGCUGGAGGCAUGUGUUCUACAAGGUUAAGUUUGAGUUAAGGAGAAGGCUGAUGGGGUCUGAGGGCCUCCCUCAAACUUUCCGCUACGACUCUUUGGAUUACUCCAAAAAUUUUGAUGAUCAGACCAGAAGAACCUUCUCUCGCUAG